AUGCUUGAAAAUGAUUCAUAUCCGGCAAAUAUGUUCGACCUGCUCGUGCUAGACCUUCGUUCCAAAGAUCUUCAUGAAACAGUUUCCAAAGAACUUAACGUUGAAUAUUUAUCGGAGUCUCAACACACAGAAUUAAAAGAAAUUAACGGCAUGAUAUUCGGUCCUAAUCUAAGAGUCAUUGUUUCUUUGCCGGUUAGAAUAAAGCAAAAAACAAAAAAUGUUCACUUUAUAGUAGAUACGGGAUCUCUGAAAACGUACAUUUGUGAAGAAGUAUUCGAAUCCUUUAAAAUACAUAUACCUCGCUCAACAACUUAUCAGAUAUUAUUAAACAAUAAACGUACUGUCGUUCAAUUGCCUCCCGCUAAUUCACACUUCACGGACGUCAACGUUCUAGGAAUGGAAUACAUGAAAGCUUCUGGAACAAAUCUUAGUAUAACCCUCACCAACGAUUACGAAAGUGUUUCUUUAUACUUUGAUUAUGAUAAAAAUGAAAUCAUAUCUCACUUACAAAGUACUUUUCAAGUAGAUCCUGAUGUUCUAGGCAAA